AUGCGCGUCGCCUCGGAUUGGCUGCUGGCACUCUCGAGGCUAUGCCUACACAGCCUCGCGCGCAUGGGCAGUCAAGAGGGACCACGCACCUUCUCAGGACAGCGCCGGUGCCUCUCUCUUGGAAAAAGAAAUUGCGCGCGCGACAUCGGCUCGUCGGCAACCACGAGGCCGGAGGGCCCGAUGGGUGCCGGAGAGAAGCCAUGCACAGGCCAGGCGUCGGCAGUCUUCGUCAUUGGCCUCGUGGCGGGCACCGGCUGCGUCAUCUUCUCAAAGACUCUCUUUGAGCUCAAGUCCGAGGGCCUGAACGGCGAGCUGCUUCCGUUCAAGCCGCAGGUCUUCCAGUCGUGGCUCAUGUUCUUCGGCAUGCUGUUCGCGCUGCCGAUGUACCUCGGCACCGAGUGGCUGCGCGCGCGCAAGGCCAGGCACGACCCCGCCCUCAAGGCGGCGAUGGACGCAGAGCCGCCGGUGACGGUCAAGACGCUGCUGAUGCUCGGCCUCCCCGCUGUCUUCGACCUCCUGUCGGUGCUUCUGAUGGUGGCGGGUCUCAUGCACAUCUCGGCGUCGAUCUGGAUGCUGCUGCGCGGCGGAGGGAUCGUCUUCGUCGCGCUGAUGAAGCAGUUCGCCCUCGGCGACCGUCUCACUCCCGCCAUGUGGUGGGGUGUCGGCUUCAUCGCUCUCGCGGUGACGAUGGUCGGACUCUCUCCGAUGCUCGCAGAGGCGCCCUCGCCGUCGGAGGGCGACGCUGCGCCCGCGGCCGACAGCAGCGGGCCGCUGGCCGGCAUCGCUCUCACCAUCGCGGGCACGUUCUGCCAGUCGCUCCAGUACGUGUACGAGGAGAAGGUGAUGGCGGGAGACGUGCAGGCGCCGCCGUGGCUGCUGAUCGGGAUGGAGGGCUUCUUCGGCACGCUGCUCUGCACGCUCGUCGUCUACCCGAUAGCGCAGAUCGCGCCCGGUCCAGACCAUGGCGUCGUCGAGUCGCUGCCGAACACGCUGCUGCAGAUCGAGCACUCGCAAGCGAUCCAGCGGAUGGCGCUCGGCUUCUGCGUCCUCGUCUUCAUCCUCAACUCUUUCUCCGUGCUGGUCACCUUCAUGCUCUCCUCGGUCUGGCACGCGAUCCUCGACAACUUCCGGCCGAUCACAAUCUGGAUGCUCCGGCUGCCGCCGUUUGGGGCGACUCAGUCCCGAUCCUCUAAUAAAAAGGGUAAUACUGGCGCCGCCGCCUACAAUAAGAAUGAGAACGAGAAUGGGAAUGAGAUGCCCCCCUCAGGCACCGCCGUCUACAACGGCUCCGGGAAGGCCCUCAUCGUCGAGUCAGGGUGCGAGCUUGACGGUGAGAACCUGGGCGCGCUCGUGCACUUCACUUGCCCAGUGCAGCUUGACACCGCAGCUGUAACCGAGAGCGUCACGGGGGCAACCGUCCGUGGCGCGCUGACGGUCACAUCGACGGUGCAGAUGAUGCUCUGGACCGAGAGGAGCUACCAUGAGGUGCCACGGAUCGACCAGAACCACCUCCACCACAUCUGCGGCGACAACGAGCACGACCCCGGACCUGAUUGCCGAGACGCGGUCCCAACCAGCGAGGAGCUGUCCCUCGAUACCUCUGGGCUCGGAAUCUCUCACAGCUACGCGGAGCGAGUCGGUCUCGGGUUGGCAGGCGAACCAGCCCAGUUUGAGCUGAGCAAGGAGAAGCUGCUGCAGAUGACGAACAUGGGCCUGCGAACUGCGCCCAUCGACAUCCCGCCGCCCGCCGGGUGGUGGACGCAGAGCAAGCAGGGCGCGCAGAGCAUUGACCCACUGGGCAGGUUGGUCGGCCAGAUGGGCAAGAUGGAGCAGGCGGAGGAGGGCGCGGUCCACUUCUACAAGCCUGUGGACGGCGUCUUCUCCUCGAGCCGGCCCGCCAAGCUGGGGGACCGGCGAGUGAUGAUGCAGGCAUACACCGCCGAGAACGUCUCGGCGAUUGGCAAGCAGGUUGACAGCUCGCCAGGCACCACUGAGCCCUACGAGGUGGGCAAGAACAACUCGUGCGGACACGUCUCGCUAGAGCUCUACAUGAGUCAGGCGCUCCCCGCAACGGCGAUGUUUGAGUUCCUCCUGGCGCACGUGAAUGCGAUGUUCAUGCAACUCCGGGUCGCCUUCGUGAUGAUCGGUGGCCCUCUUAGCGGGGCCCCUGAGAUCAUGCCGAGCGUCGGGGCUUACUUUGCGGGCGUCUCAAAGUGUAGCGUUGCUUUUGCGGCCGCAUUCUUUGCGCUCGGGCUCUGGAACUUUGCAGGCGCCAUGGCCUGGCUCUCUCACAAUCCAACAGUCGGCGAUGAGCAUCUUGGCGGUGCGAUGUGGUGCUUUCUCAUCGGCAUCAUCUGGCUCCGCUGGUCCAGGCCCAAGCAUGGCGUUGCGUCCCGCGCCUUCAGCUACGAAUCAGACACGAACAAACCAAAGGAGACUGUGGGGGAGGGCGGCUUCUUCUCCAGCGUGAUGAACAAGAUCGAGAGCGCGACGGGCUUGGACAUCAACGGCAAUGGGUCGGUGGGCCGCCCGACGGUCCCGAAGCCAACGCAAAAGCAACUCAAAGCGAUCAAGGAUCGGGCCGCGGCGAUGGUGUGAGGAGGUGGCCCCGACCCAGAUAGAGCCGUAGCGCGUGUAUAUUACUCGCCUACUGCUGCAGCUCGAGCAGCCGGGCCGCCCGGCCACGCCAGCGAGCGUCGACCGAGCGACGCCGGGACGGCGAGAUAUUGGGCGGCGCGCUCGAGCCGAGCGAGAGAGGAUCGAGACACGUGUGUAGAGAGUGAGCUACUUGGUGCGCUGUGACGUGUGGCUGUGAGGAGGCGGGGCGCGACACACGCGCGAACCGCGAUCACAGCGUUCAGUGGUCGCUCAGUGCGCGCGAUAGCGAGAGAUCCACCGGUCCUCUCUCUUAGUGCUCGCGCGGACCA